AUGCCUGCCGCUUGUUCAUCAGGUGGCCAUCUGAUGAACGUUUUGGAGCGUCCACAAGCGUGUGGAUGUACUACGAGUGAGUGCGAUGGCCUCACUUGUGGUACGGUCGUUAGUACGACUGCACAAAACCUUAGUGUACCAAACGGUUACACUUCGGAGCAAAGUUCCGGCGGCUGUGAGGAAACACAGGCUGCGCCGAAGGUCCACCACUCGAAUAAGUCGGGUGGACUGGGACAAAGAUGUAUCCCUAGCGGGGAACAUCUAGAAGAGAAACAAUCAAUCGCUCAGGUUAAGCGAAACGAUAAUCCUAGAUCGACUGGAGAGUCUUUCGUAGAGGAUCUCGCUGUGGUUGCGCAACCCCAGCUAGAGGAAGUAAAGGGAAUAAGUCCCAAGAUUACAAAUACGGCGGAAAUAAGUUCCCCGAAACCCGCGGGAAUAAGUCCCCGGGAAGACGAAGGAAUAAGUCCUUCGAAGCCUGAGGGAAUAAGUCCCCAGGAAAUGACAGAGACAUUGAAUGUCAUGGUCAAUAACGGAUCAAGUGUAGGCGCUUAUACACUUGAUCUGAUUGCGCCUCCGAAGUUAACUUCGGAGAUCACUCAGUUGCCAACGCUCGAGCAUAAAAGGUUCUUGCGUGAUCUGCGUAGUGGCAAAGUCAAGCAGAUCUGCGUACUCGUCGCUGACGACGAGUGUGUAACCGACAUAAGGUCAGCAACAGUGUUCACUGAGAACGAGAGAGUUCUCAGUAGUUCAUCUAUGGACGAGAGUGUCCUAGAUGAAAAGACACGAAUUGAGCGAUAUGACUCCCAAUCAUGGGAAUCGCUCAAGAAAAAUCCUCUCUAUGAAGAUUUGGUUGAAUUCAAGGAUGUAUUCCCUGAAACUGUUCCGUGCGAAUUACCGAAGGAUAAAGGUAUUCGACACGAGGUCGAGCUUAAACCAGUCUCGAAGUACUGUGUCACGAAGCAGUGGCCACUGCCUCGUGAACAAGUACUUGCGAUCGACAAGUUCUUUGCCGAUCGUUUAGCUGCGGGCCAUGUGAGGGAAUCAACUUCCCCACAUAGCUCUCCGACCUUCUGUGUGCGAAAAAAGCACAGGAGGGUGGCGGAUAGUGCACGCGUUCAACAAAUUGAAUGCUGCAACGGUACCGGCUCAGACGCCGAUACCGAGGAAGGACGUAAUCAUUGA